AUGGCCUCCGCAUACAAAGAUGCGAUCCGCAUCAAGGACCAGAUCGAGUUCAACCACAAACUUCUCAAGCAAGACCAUGCUGCCUACGCCGGCGUUGAGAAGGAGGCCGCGGCCGACAAUUUCCCCAACGCCGACGUAGUUCUCCGACAGAUCAAGCAAGACAUCGAGGACAAGCUGGCGGAGAUCAAGACCAACGAGGAGGAGCUUCAGGAAGCUUUGAGUCGACAAGAUUGGUGGGACCGUGUGUCGUGGUGGCGCCUCAGUCUUCCGGAGGAUCUCUCCGAGUACGAGGCUGCGGUGGAGGAAAUCGGAGAGUAG